GGGUUUUCACUUUUUUUUAGUGAGAUAAAAGUAAGAACCAGAGAAAUCUUGAAUGGGAAGUGCACCAUUACCACCAGGUUUUCGUUUCCACCCCACAGACGAAGAGCUGGUCGGAUAUUAUCUAAAGAGAAAAGUAGAGGGGCUUGAAAUAGAGCUUGAGGUUAUCCCAGUCAUUGAUUUAUACAAAUUUGAUCCAUGGGAAUUGCCAGAGAAAUCAUUCCUACCAAAGAGAGAUAUGGAGUGGUUUUUCUUUUGUCCACGAGAUCGAAAGUGGCCAAAUGGAUCGCGAACAAAUAGAGCUACCAAAACUGGGUACUGGAAAGCUACUGGAAAAGACAGAAACAUAGUGUGUCAAUCAACUCCAUUCACUGUUACAGGAUGCAGAAAGACCCUUGUUUUUUAUCGCGGAAGAGCUCCACUUGGAGAUCGAACCGAGUGGGUCAUGUAUGAAUAUCGACUCAACAAUGACUCUGAUCUCUCAUCACCUUGUUUUCAGGGUGGUUUUGCAUUGUGCAGAGUGAUAAAGAAGAAUGAGAAGGCCAGGAGUUCGCAAGAAGAACAAAAGGGUAAGGCUGCAGGAAGAAGUUGCAACAGUGGUAAUGAAGAAGCUUCAAUGAAGACUUCACACCAUGUGGCUCCAACAAUGGCAGAGCUUGAGCAAGCUUCUUCCUUGGAGUCCAUAAACCCUUCACAUUUUGAUGUCUCUCCUGAAUUAAUUCUAGAUUCUUCUAUGGUACUAGGAAUAAAGCAGGGAACUUCAUAUGCAUUAGCUAAGUUUCAGACAUAUAUGAGUUCUGACUUCACUUGUUUACUCCUCCAACUCUGCAGGACUAUUGCUCUGAAGUACAAGAUUCCAUGUCUGGAUACUUUCCACAGUACGACUUAUCAUGUUCAAUGAAUCCAUGGCAACCAUUCCUACCAAGAGAAAAUUCAACCUCUUCAUCUCACUCAAAUGUAAAUGGAGAAAUUGAAUUUGCUGAAGAUAUCAAUCAAUUUGGCUGCUCAUAUAUAAACGAGCAUGUGGCUCAUGAGGGCUUUGAUCAGAUCAAUUCAUUCAGAUAUCCAAAACCGUUCUGAAAAGUUGCUAUCUUUGCAGCCAAGACAAUUUCAAUGCCUUUGAAGUUCCAACCUCUGGGGGUCUAAGUUAGCUAAAGUUUCAUGGUGUUUCCUUGGGAGGGGAUCUCUCUCUGAGACAACGCCUUUUAAAGUACGUCUUGGAGUAAAAAUUACGUGCAUGUGCAAUCCCUUCCUAAGGACUAGAUGUAUCACUCCUACUGUUAUAGUGCCUGCUCUGGAAAUAAUCACUUUUGUCGGCUUCACCAGAAGCCGGUUUACAUUCAGCCAUCUAUGUAUCAAUAUCAAUAAAAUAAGCUAAAUGGAGAAUUCUAUAUGUGCUUGCCCUUCUACUCUGCCUACUGCUUAUGGAUUCAUCAUUACUGCAUCUUGGUGCUUAAAUUUCUAAAGCUCAAAGUUGAAAGCAAAUUAACAUGUACAUUAUGCAUUUGAAUAAACUGGACUCCUGAUUCUGCUUGAAAUCAGUUUUCUCUUUGAUAAAAAGAGCUGUUCAACCAAAAAAAAAGAAGGAA